GCUUCCUUCUUCCAUCGGUUCCAGCCAUUCUUUCACUCGCUCCCAUCUAACGUCAGUGGAGAACUUCUCCUGUCUCGCACACAGACAGACCGCCUUGUCUGUUUAAAGACGUGCAGUAUCCACUCCACGGGAAGAUGGAGAAACGGCAAGCACAGUUCCCCAGAUUUACAGAACAGAAGCUUUUCCGUCGAUAGGAACUUCUUUUAGGGAAAGGUGUGCUCUGACCUGCUGAAGGAACAUGGAUGUGUCUGAGGGCCAGCAGCAGUAUGGAGGAUCUAAGAAGAGGGUGAAGAUCCACCCCAAUUCCAUCACAGUGAAAUACGCCACCCACUUCCCCCAGCCUGGAGACGAGGGUUACGACGAUGCUCCGUCCUUUGAGGACUUUGAUUCGUUUGCCAAGGCCAGCCCUGCCAAGAGACUGGUGACAGGCGGUAGUAGGAAGACCAUGGAGCCCCCCAGGACGCUAUGGGGAGGGGUGGAGCCCCAGAGCCGGGACAAGGGGGUCGGGGGGCAGCUGGCUAGCUUUGGGGAGGCCAACUUCCUGGCGUCCCGGGUCACCUGGAUGGCGUUGUUCGGGGCAGCGGUGGCUCACGGCUGCGUUGCUCUGAUCACACGGCUGGCGGCGGACCGCUCCAAAGUGCCGUCCCUGGAGCUGAUCUUCAUCCGGUCUGUGAUCCAGGUCUUGUCCAUCACAGUGGUGUUUUAUAACCAGGAGGAACCCUUCGGCCCGAAGGGGUACCGCCUCCGGCUCUUCUUUUACGGUGUCUGCAACGUAAUCUCCAUCACCUGCGCCUACACCGCCUUCGCCAUCGUGCCGCCCAGCAACGGUACCAUCAUGUGGCGCGCAACCACCACGGUGUUCAUUGGCGUGAUGGCCUUCCUGUUGUUAGACGAGAGGCUGGGCUACACGGACGUGGUGACGGUGGUGGGCAGCGUGUUCGGCCUGUGUCUCGUCAUGAUCCCCAAUGUGGCCGACGAGGAGAAGUCUCGCCUCACCUUCUGGAAGGAGGCGUUCGGCUACACCAUGACGGUGAUGGCCGGCCUCACCGGAGCCCUGUCCAUGAUCGUCUACCGGGCCAUCAAGGAGCGCGUCAGCAUGUGGACAGCCCUGUUCACGUUCGGCUGGACGGGCACGGUGUGGGGCUCCACCAUGUUCGUUAUGCAGGAGCCGAUCAUCCCCCUGGAUGGGGAGACGUGGGGCUACCUCACGGGGAUCUGUAUCUGUUCCACCGUGGCGUUCCUGGGGGUCUACUAUGCCCUCAACAAGUUCCACCCCGCCCUGGUGAGCACCGUGCAGCACCUGGAGAUAGUGGUGGCCAUGUUGCUUCAGCUCAUGGUGCUGCGCAUGGUCCCCUCCAUCUACGACGUCAUCGGGGGGCUGGUCAUCAUGGCCAGUGUGUUUACUCUAACGGGAGUGAAGCUGUAUAGGGUCAGCCGGGCUGUACGGCAGGACUACCAGGAGAUACUGAACUCACCCAUCAAAUAGAGUCUGGAGUUCUGAUUCAGGAUCAGUUUGGCCCUAUAGACCAUAAUGCAUAAGAUUACAUGGACAGGGGUGAAACAGAUUGUAGACCUCCACUUACUACUCUCUCUGUAUAUUCAGAAUUGUGGUGGUCAUUAACCUGGCGGAGUGUCAACUUGUGUGCAAUGUCUUUGGCUAAAGUUCUAUUUGUCUGUGAAAAGAUAUGAAACGGUUUGUUCUGAUAGCUUUGAUUUCAUGUCAACUGUGAUGAAGAAGAGUGUCAAAGUAACGCGUGUUGUUUAGAUUGUAUGAUACGUGCUGUACCUUAACUUUACCGCUCUGGCGUAAAUAUGUGUCAGAGAUAUUCAGGCUGUGUCUGUCUCUGCUAGAUGGACAGCAUCUAAAUAAGAUACUCGAUACUACUGCUGCUGACGGUGUGUAACAGAGCCGUGUUGACAAGGUGGUAAAUCAUCUUCCGUUGU